UUGUUUUGGUCCCCCUCCCUCCAGUAAGGUCCCUGUGCUCUUCAUCUAUUUGUGUUUCUGCGAUCAGGUUGUUCUGUGACAGCUAACGGAAAUGAAGAAGUUUUUCGAUGGCUUUAAGAAAGACAUUAAGUUUAAAACUGCGGGACCUGGGAAGAAACUAACAGAAGAUACCAGUAGCAAGCCCGAGGUAGUGCAGAGCAGCUCCAGUAGCAAGAAUAAUCGCCAUGCUCCCAGUGAAGGAUCCCAGAUGGCUGGAGCCGCAGCCCUGGCCAGGAUAGAACAGCAUCAGCGGCCGAAGGUCUACACCUCUCAGGACGUCAUCAGGAACCAGGUUAAAAGAGAACUGGAGGCGGCUGCACUGGCUGAGAAAGAAAAGGCAGAUACAGCAGAGGGAGCCAAAGUGCCAGUGAAAGAUCCUGCCUGUCUCUCAGUGUCAGGUGUGUAUUUCACAUGUCCGCUAACUGGAGCAACUCUAACUAAGAGUGAGAGAGAAGUACACAUUAAAGAGGCCAUUUUGAUGCGGUUUGAGGAGGAUAGAGUUGAGGCCUCUGUUAUGAUGAUCCACACAUUUAACAAAGACCGAGAGAAAGUGAAGGCUGCCGUGGACAUCAUAAGCAAGUAUAUUGAGAACAUAUGUAAGAAUCCCACAGAGGAGAAAUACAGGAAGAUUAAACUCAGCAACAAGGUGUACCAGGAGAAAGUUCGUUGUGUGGAGGGCAGCAGAGAGUUCCUGGAGGCACUGGGCUUCACAAGCAUUAUGCUUCCUGUAGAAGGUCAAGAGGAGGAAGAGGAGUUCCUGGUGUUACUAGAGUAUAGCCCCGAUGCCCUGGAGUUGAUGAAGGAGAGGAGGGAUCGUCUCCAGAGAGGCGAGCCGGUCAGGGCUCAGCUGGACCGACAGCCUCAAGCAUUCAGAUCCUCCCCCAACGCCCAACGCUUCGAGCUGCCGCCAGAAUUCUACAACCUGACAGCGGAGGAGCUCAAGAGGGAGCAACAGCAGAGGAGUGAGUUGGUGGAGAAGAACGCCAUGCUGCGCACUAAAGCCAUGAGGGAGAAAGAGGAGCAGAGGGAGAGAAGGAAAUACAACUACACUCUGCUCAGGAUCAGACUGCCUGAUGGAAGCCUUCUACAAGGGACCUUCUAUGCGUGGGACCGGCUGCCUGUGCUGUUUGCGUUUGUACGGGAGUCCUUGGUGGACGGCUGGCAGCCCUUUGAGCUCAUCGCUCCCGGAGGUCAGAAACUACAAGAGGCUGAAGAAGUCGCUCUCGCAGAGUGUAAUUUGGUCCCUGCAGCUCUGCUCACCUUCGCCUGGGAUGCCGCCGUGCAGGCGGACAUUGCAGCCGCGGGCAGAAAGAGCCCCGCCCUCCUCAAACCAGAGCUGUUGGAAACCAUUCGGACCCUGAGCUGAGCAGACCCUCUGUCCCUGAACGCUCCCUGUUAACCCCCCCCCCUCCCCUCCUCUGGCACUACUUACUAGGGUGGAAGUGCCCCUUACAAAUGACUAGUGAUGAGUUUAUUUUUGACAAACGCUAACUUAAGUCAGUAGCAACGAUAGACUAGGGGCAACUUCACCCUAAUGCGCUUGUUUUGCGGAGCAGCCCCUUCUCUCUCGGCGUGGGGAUAAUGUCUCAGCGGCACAUUGUACUGAAGGAAGCUCUACUAACAGAUGUAAGGAGACCGCAAUGGACAAGUGCCGUUUGUUGCGUCCUGAAUGUACAUGCUGUGUAGACAAUGACUAACCAACAGUCUACCAGUCCGGUAUACUUCAUGUGGCACGUUGAAAGACCUUGUUUUAACUGUGUCGACACUUCCUCCCCUUGUUUAAAGUAAACAGACCACGUUGCUUCCACAACAGUUGGAUUAACAGUGUGGCUGUACAGUAGUGUAGAGAAAAAAAUUCAAAGUAAUUAAGCCAAGUAACAUGUAUUUGGUGUCUCAGCACCUAGAUUCUGUCAUUUUAAAAGCUGCUGGGUGUCUGUGCACCGGCUCGGACUUGAAAUGCUAUUGGUGUUCAAGUUUAAGCAGGGUUUCUUUUUGUCUGUCAACUGAUGGAUUGGAUUUGAUGUGAUAUUAGUCUGGUUCGUCCUCUGCUCUGCAGUGGCCUUGCACUCCCUGUUGUACAACAGACAUCUCUGUGAUUUAUUCAUAUGUGUAUGAGCACAAACCGGAAUCAUAACUGAUUGACUUAAAGGGGCGCUAUGCAGUUUUGGCCAUUUCUUCGCUUUUUGCUCACAGGUUUCUCUAUAGAGCUCCCCCUACAGCUUCGGGAUAGAUAUUUGGCAGCUCUUACGUUUAC